AUGUUGUUGUCAGAAAUUGGCAUCGUCUGCUCCUGCGUGGGUUCCGCAGUGCUGUUGGUCCUCACGUUUCUGUACGGCGACAACGCGGACAGGCCCGCAGAGUUUGAGUACCACGUGGAGAGCGCCAUGUUGCCGAUAGCACAACAGAGGGCGCUGCCCACGCUGCCUGCCCGCCACCAAAAACUGAUCGUCCUGCAGUGGUUCCCCUUUGGCUACAGCCUACUACAGGGAACAUCGUUCUUCGGUUCCUGCGGCACGGCCAGGUGCGAGCUCAGCACCAACGGUUCCCGGGUGUCGGAGGCCGACGCCGUGGUCUUCCACGCCAACGGUUCGCGCCGUCUGACCGAGGACCAGACGACCCACCAGAAACCCCGCGGCCAGCUCUGGGUUUUCUACGCCGACGCCAGUCCCGCUUACUGCGACGGUCAUCUGUUUGCUCGCCGAUCGUGGCUGGAUAAAUUUGACCUGACGUUGACCUACAGACGCGACUCUGACCUAUUUCAUGGUUUUGUGCAUGCGGCAAAGAAAAACACGAACGCCACGGAGAUUCAAACGGAUAUUUUUAGAAACGAGAUGAGACAACUCUACGGAAAGAAAACCAAAAUGGUCGCCUGGUUUGCAAACCGGUGCGUUUCUCAAAGCAAAAGAGAAAUUUACGUCAGGAAAUUGCAGAAACACAUUCCUGUGGAUAUUUACGGGCGGUGUGGGAUCAAAUGUGAUUAUGGCUCCAAAUGUUAUCAAAAUCUGUCCAAAGACUACAUGUUUUACUUGGCUUUUGAAAAUUCUCUGUGCCAGGACUACGUCACAGAGAAAGUUAUCACGGCCUUUCGUAUGGGGGGUGUCAUACCAGUGGUUCGUUCAGGCGCGGACCGGUUUCUUCUCCCGCCAAAUUCAGUCAUUGAUGCGCGGGAUUUCUCGUCUGCUAAACAGCUGUCAGAGUAUCUGAAGUUUGUGGCGGGAAAUGAGACGGAGUACCUCAAGUAUUUUGAGUGGCGUCUACACUGGGAGGUGAGUCAGCCGACGCUGCCUCUGUGUGAGCUGUGCCAGAGACUCCACUCCCAGCAGAGGGCAGCGGCGUACCACGACGUUUACCGCUGGUGGGUGCAGGACAUGUGCAGGGAGCCCACGGACAUUUACCAGAGUUGACGCCUCUGUCUUCUUCACCUUGACACACCUUGUUCUUUGUACUUGUCC